CAACGUAACGUUUGGUCGCUAGCUCUCACCGGGUCCCCCUCGUUUCCUGCCCUUCGAUCUCUCUCAACACGUCGGGGCUCGCACAAAGGGCCCUUCCCUCGGUUAUCGACCACCAGGCGCGCGAGACGCACAGAUAGGGCGCGUCGAGCUCUGACGAUAUGGCGCACCCCUACGCAAACGCCGCGGGAUACAUCUUGGCCAGCGAUGCCAUAUCGCAAGACGAAUACCGCUACAAGCAGGGAGGGCAGGACGAGGAUGCCCGUCCGACGCACCGGCGACGCUGGAGCUUCGGUUUCCGUCGCUCCCGCGAUUUAUCCUCGACGAACAGCUCCAGUCUGUCCUCUCCUUCGACCACUGCCUACUCGGGCUCCUCCAAGUCCCCCUCGUUCUCUUCGACCGGGAAGGUCCCGUCGCCCUUGACUACGCCGACUUCCGCUUCUUCGACCGCCUACGCGUCUCCUACUUCUUACUCCUCCCCCGCUUCUUACGCGAAUCACUCUUAUGGCGCGACGAAGGCCUCCCCUUCGGUUGCCUACUCCCCCGCCUUCCCCUCGGCUGCCUACUCUUCUUCCCCCUCGACUGCCUACUCGACCUCACCCUCGGCUACGCACGCGUCAGAGCAGUCUGACGGCGCGAUGAAGUACAGUAACACCACCCCACAUCCCACCUCCAAUACCACCCCCCAUCCCACUUCCAACACCACUGCGUACAUCAUCUCGCCCACCCGCGGCUACGUCUACCCGGACGACACCUGGUCCGUCAUGACGCCCGGGACGCCGUCCGUGCUGCGGCUGGGCUUCGAUGGGAGGGCGGGUGCGCGGACGCCGGAUCCGUUUGGAAGAGGCGUUACGCCGGAUCCGUUUGGGAGGAGGACGCCGGAUCCGUUUGGGAGGAGGACACCUGAGCCGGUGGGAAGGGCGGGGGCGCGGACGCCGGAGUUCACUCGCGCCCUCACCCCCACCUUCGGACGCGCGAUGAUGCGCACGCCCGAGCCCGGCGGCUGGUGGGCGGCGGAGGCGAGCCGCAUGUGGCUGACGCCGGAACCGGAUACGCGGAGGUCGGGGUGGGCGGGGAUGGGCGGGAAGGCGGGAUGCUUGGGGGGAUUGCGGUGGCGGGGGCGGCAGGUGAAGAAGGGGGUGAAGGCUCGCGCGCGGAAGGCGACUGCAGCGCUUCGUCGGUUCGCGUCCGCGAUGAAGGGCGACGCGAAGGCGGUGAAGGGCGGCGUGAAGGCGUAGAGAGCGACAUACAAGUGCAGACGUCCCCUCCAUGCCCAGUGUUGGCAACAGGUCGACACUUACAAAACCACCGUAGAAGGAUUCUGAUCCACGAUCAACCCAAAGCCUGUCAUUUCUCGUCCACGUUCCUUCCUGUACCCGCUCGUUCCCAGUCGUCUCUCUCUGUAUGUCCUGUUGAUUCAAAACCAGCCUGUAUAUAUCUGGAUUCGCCCAUGGGUCGUUCGUGUACUUACCUUGGAAUUUUGCGUUGGCUUCGAUGUACCGCCUUCUCUUCUGUAUCUGUUGCAGUACGGCUGGUCCUUGAUGUAUCUACCUUCUUCUAUGAUCACGAAGUUCACUGAUAGAUAUCGAUGAGCCUCGCAUGAGAAAGCUGGCAAGGGUGCCCUCUGGAAGUGGAAGCGGAGAUGGCUAUGUACUCGACCCACCACACUGGUAUGGCCUGCAGACAAUAGACCCAGACUCCCAGUGAAUGCUACAUAGACGGUA